AUGGCAACCGUGGUCAAAGAUUGGCGCAAGUACACGGAGGUCACCACCUCCAAUGGGCGUCGCAUCCGCGGUGCGGGGAAGCUCGAAGAGAAACUCCUCCUUUCACUCCUGCAGCUGUGCCUUCACGGCUGGCGAAAGAUCUUGGAAGUUGAACGUGCCAUGGAGCGCUCCAAGGCACUGCGUGAAAGCUUGCGGCAGCAGAGGGAGGAGCGGGAACAGACCGAGAACAACCUGUUGUUGAACUUGGCGAUGGCCGUGUGGCAGCUGUGCGUGAUGGAGCCCAAGAAAGACCAGGCCUUCCAGCAACUCACAGAAACCAAUGCCAUCGCCUUCCAGCUCCAGGAAGCCUGCCAGGUCUACUCGCAGGAGAAUGAGACACUUCAGGAGCGCUUGAAGCAGGUCAUGGAAACUCUUCAGCGUGAGCUGCAAACAAAGGAGGAGCUGGCCAAAGAGCUUCGUGACGCUUACAGCAAGCAGGCUCGGCUUUCGCCUAUGCUCCCUGAGUUGCCGCUCGGAAUUGUGCAAAACCGGGGCGCAGCAUCACAUGCUCAAGCCCUUGAAGAUGUCGCUGCUUCGGUUGCCUCCGGAAAGAAGAAAAGUAAGGCGUCACCGCGAGGGACGCCCCGCAACGGACUCAGUGAGUGGCGAAAGACGUCGAAGGACAAAGUGACCAACGUUGAAGCUGAGGUGCUCGCUGGAUGGUGUGCCAUGUGCCCCGAGAAGUCUGCUUUGGGCUUUGAGUUGAGUUGUGCUAACUUGGGCGCCACGACCGGCAGUCGUGUGCGGCUGCGUUGCGGCAUCGUCCUUUUGCUGCAAGGAGAUGUCCCGCCUAUGACCACACACCAGGCUGUGGCAUCAGCCGCGGCCCUGCUACGAGAAAAUGACCCUGUGAGAGCCGCCAAGGCACUGAACCACGCUGCACCGUUAACUGUACAUCUCAUGGUGAAAGAGCACAUCCGACUUUUGGACCGAGAUGCCAGGUGGCAAUUUCAAGCCAUGAAUUUCAAUCGUGUGUGUUCUGCUUGGGCUUUCUGUAACUUGUGGUCAAGCACUGCAAGCUGGAAGCUUUCAAGUGGAGCUUAA